ACAACUUAUGAAAUAAAAUCUAUGCUUAUGCAUUAAUAAUAUACAGUAUUUAUCUAUAUUUUGUAAAUGGCCAGCAAUUAAUGUACAGUACUCAUUUGUAGUAAGGAUGGUCGAAACAAAGAAAUAUGCAUCGGAUAUUUGUACUACGUCAUCUCCACGUCACGCGAAGACGCAAGAAUGUGGGCAACAAUAGAUUUUUCAAUUGUUACGCUUGCUUUGUUGAGUGAAUAUUUUCGAAGAGAAAAGACGUCUUUGCGAAUUUGUGCUUGAUUUUUCUGAGAAAAAUUGUGUUGGAUAUAAACAUUUCGAGAUGGAUGAGUUUGUGGAAGAUAUAAAGAGAUGCAGAGUUGGUGUGUGAGGAGCAAUUUGAUCCUCCCGAUCUCGGCAUGAAAUUCCCAACAGAUUAUGAUGAUCGAGAUGAUUUCUUUAGUUGGGAGUUGGAAAGUUACCGAGAAACAAAUUAUUCGGAAAUUGUUCUCGAUCUUGCCGAGGAUUGUUUCGGUUACAACCAUUCUAAAUCGAAACAGGUUGAUAAAAAGGAUGCUUACUUUCGUUGCGAUGCAUGCGAAAAUCAUCAUGUAUCGCGUGCUCGGAAAGCUGACAAUCAUUGUCUUAAUAGAAAUGCAGAGUUGUCGUGUGAGGAACGAUUUGAUUCUCCUGAUCUCAGUAUGAAAUUACCAACGGAUAAUGACGAGUGGAAUGAUUUCCUCAGUUGGGAGUUUAAAAAUUACCAAGAAACAGAUUAUUUGGAAAUUGUUCUGGACCUUUCUGAGGAUUGUUUCAACGACAACGAUUCUAAUUAUUCGCAACAGGUUUAUGAAAAGGAUGUUUACUCUGGUUGCGAUGAAUGCGAGCAUAAUCUUGUAUCCUAUGAUGAGAAAGUUGAGCCGAAAGUUAUUAAAGAUUUCAAUAGGAUAAUCGAGGAUACGACAUCCAAUGUGCAUGUCAAUCAAUCAAUGGACCAUGCACCAAAGAAAGAAAAAUUCUCUAAAUUAAAGAAAUUUUUCAGAUUCUUCUUCUGUGAAGUUGGUGAGAGGAAACGAAUUCAUUUGAAAGCCAUGAAACCAUCGUCAAGUUCUCACCCUCCUCAGUGGAAUUUUGUUUGUCCAAAAACUCCGUAA